CUGGUCCGCGGUUUGGUGAUGAUAUUCCAGGUAUGGAGGGUCUCGGCACAGACUUCACCGUGGUCUGCCCCUGGGAGGCGUUCGGGGACAUGGAGCUCAGCGAUCUGGCCAAAUACGGCAUCAUCUAAACUCCUCCUCCUCCUCGUCAGCUCCGCCUUCAGCCCCGCCCAGUGACUCCGCCCCUUUCGCUCAUGUUGUCGUGUGGUGAUGAUGGAACAGGACUGAUGGACUCUGUCGCUAUGGAAACGAUUGUUAUUAUGAUGAUGAUGAUUAUGAUUAUUAUUAUUAUAUAAUAUUUAUAUGUUGUUUAUGUUGCGAUACGACAACCGCCGACCCCUCCCACACACACCCCAGCUGUCAAUCAACAUCCUGAAUGCUGUGUGUGUGUGUGUGUGUGUGUGUGUGUGUGUGUGUGUGUGUGUGUGUGU